CCUGCCGCCUCAUCCCAAAAGAGGGAUGGCCCAGACGGGCUCAGCCCAGAGGGACCUGACAACCUGAAGGGCCGGUGAUUAGGCAUCCUUGGUCCAGGACUUCCUCAGCCUUACAGCAGCAGAGAUUCCCAUGAGCGUUUCAGGAUGCAGUCUGUCCCCUCACUCCUCCCGGAAGCAAGCUAAGCCUGCGCACAGGUCUUAGUGUCGUGGAUUGCCAGAAGCCCUGGCCUUUCCACCCUCCCUAGGUCUGUCCUGAAAGGUAAGGUAGACAUGCUACACCAGAAGCCACGCCAGCGCUCUGAUGCCACAUUGUGUGCGGUGGGCACUUAGGGCGGUCUCAGCCAGGCUUCUGGGUACCACCGGGGACCGCCGCCGUGGGCGCAUAGCUUGGGACCCCGGUCGGAGUCUCAGAGGAGCAGUUGUGCAGCGAAACCAAGGGCACAGCCGGAGUUGCCAGAGGCCAGCAGCCAGGGUCGUCCUCCCCACCAGCCAGAGACCCGCCCACAGCCCAUGAAACGCCCCGCCUGCAGCCCGCCUCCGCCAUCUGCGCUCCGCUCCGCCUGCUUGGGUGCAUUCAGCCUUUGGUGAUCCUCCAGGACCUAAGGUUUCGGUAUUAUCUUCGGGGCCGCUUCACCGGGAGUAGGCUUCUUUUUGGCUUGUGAACCUUCAGCAGAUGUCUGCCACUUCCAACAUGAGAGUCUUCCUGCCUGUGCUGUUGGCAGCCCUUCUGGGCGUGGAGCAAGUUCAUUCCCUGAUGUGCUUCUCAUGCACUGAUCAGAAGAACAAUAUAAACUGCCUGUGGCCAGUUUCAUGCCAGGACACAGACCAUUACUGUAUCACGUUAUCUGCCUCUGCGGGCUUUGGGAAUGUCAACCUUGGCUAUACCCUGAACAAGGGCUGCUCCCCGACCUGCCCCCGUGAAAAUAUCAAUGUCAAUCUUGGUGUGGCGUCCGUGAACAGCUACUGCUGCCAAAGCUCCUUCUGCAAUUUCAGCGCAGCUGGCCUCGGACUUCGUGCCAGUAUCCCACUACUGGGCCUUGGACUCCUGCUUAGCUUGCUGGCUCUGCUGCAGCUGAGCCCCUGACCUUCCCCCAUGUGUUCUCCAUAUCCCCCCGGCUCAGGAAAAGCCCAGCUCCUUUUAGGUCCCAGGGGACCCUAGGAACCUUCAGCUCCUCCUGGGUGUGUCUAGUUCCCCCUCCACACUCUCUCAACGUCAGGGCUAAGUACCAAACUCACCCAUACCUGCUCUGUUGAAAUGGUACUAGCUACCCUUGCUUCCAGAGCCAAUCCUAUAACCUCCCUUGGGGAACCAGCGAAGGGGUGAAGAUCUCCUUGGAGUCUCAAGAGUACCAGAGUCAGCGCCGAAUCUUGUGGACACACUGACAAGGAUGUCUAACCCAAAUAGAUGUACAUCUGUGUGCUCAGUGUAUCCCUGUGUAAAUGAAGCCACUUGGAUUCUGGGGUGGGCAAAGAAGACCUGAAAAGAUUCUACAGAAGAAGGCCUGUGUCGCCACCAAAACCCCUCCCCCUGGUAUCACUGUACCCACCUUGUACUCUGUUCAGGAGGCUGCCCAUGGAGGGCUGCCACCCCUCCAGAUGAAGGCUCUCACCACCCAAUGCAGUUGAGUCCCAUCCUGCCCUCUGCCCACACUGGCUUCCUGCUGCUAUUCUAGUGCCUCAAAUAAACUGUUCACACCUUUUCCUGCUA